AGUAGUAGUUAUGCUUUUUAUGCUGUUUUCAUUUGUUUACAUUCAUUUAAAUCCACCUCAGAAUAGCGUGAAAUUUUUUCAUCGAGCCGUUCCUAAAAAUUGAUUCGAUUCGAAUUUGCAUAAGAUGUCAAGUCAAUUUCAUAAAGAUUUAAUUCAUCAGUAUAAAAUAACUUGCAACAAACUAAAGAAAAUUCAACGAGUGUUCUUCAAACAAUUCGCACCGAAUGUUUCCGAAGUGGCAGAUGAGUUCGGAACACUGGCCAAUAAUUUCAACAAUUCUUUCCUUCCGGAAUACGCCGCCCUGUGCUAUAUGGGCCAGGGAAAAUGCGAAAAAAUGAUCGGUAAUGAUGCGGCUGAAAUUGAUGCUUUACUGAAAGCCGCUCGAUCUUUUAGAGCGGCCAAUGAGAAGCAAGCUAAAAUUUUAGUUCAGAACGUGUCCAGUGAUAAUCUGGAAGGGGCGUUCCGUUGCUACACACAAGCACUUUCCCGAUUACCAGAUGAUUCCGUGACCAAGGCUGCCAUUAUUCGAGAGUUGAAGGAGAUUAAUCCAAAUGUAGAAAUUACGAGCAACUUUAGCUCGCCAAGCCACAGAAUAUGGGACCUAGAGCGUUCGGCAGAGGAAAAUAUUCAGACCGGAGAUUUUGUGGCGGCGUUCGACAAACUAACGGAAAUAUAUGAUGAUGUUACGGAGCGACGGUGUGAAGAUCUCUAUCUGGAAGUGAUGGAAAGAGUGGAAGUAUCACGACUGUUACUGCUUUGCUUGCUUCAGCUUCCACCGUCGGUUCGAUACGAUCACAAGUUUAUUGAGCGAUAUUCAUCGAUCGGAGAAAGUAAUUCAAAACAUAGUGGGAACGGAAUCCUCUCGGAGGAGCUGUUCUUUUUGCUGCAGUCUUUGGUUAUUUCUUGUCAGGCAAAGGAUGUAGCGUCGGUAAUAGCAGUUCGAGAUGAAUUGAGCCACUGCAAGCAAUUGACUGAAUCACAGCAACUGCUGCUGAAGCAGCUUGUUUCAAAGUAUUUCAAAUGAUAUUAGAAGAUAGUUUUUACCUGCAUUGUUAUACAGGUAAAUAUGUAUAAAGCGUUUUUUUUUGUCUACAAGUAGCAUUUUGUUCACGCGCAACUGUACUGGGCUAUUUAAAUAUCUAUUGUAAUUCAUGUUUAUAAUAUUAUUAAAAUAGUGAUAAUAAGAUAAGCAGAAGCCUAAAAUAUCAAUACAAUAUAUUUAUUACUCAACUCGAUUUACUGGUGUUUCUUGGAAGUUCUUGUGUCCGUGUACUUGU